UCGUCUAUUGUCACAGUUCAAUUGUCAUUAUCGUGUCAUCAGCUGUUGUCAUAGGUAUACACAGUCAAUAAUGACAAGCGAAAAGCUCAUUUUAUUUGCCAAUUCCGGCGAAAGUUUCUCUAUGGUGAAACAGCUGUUCUUUGUUUAUAUUUUAAUUUGUUCUUUUUGACCGCCACUGCAACAAAAGGGAUUUCUUUUAAAUAAAAUACACCACAGCAGUGGAUUACGGAACACCGGAAAACGAUGAACAAAAUGAACCCGGAUAAAGUGAGUGAACAGAUUUUGACAGCUCAUCAGCUAAAAUGGCGACUCCAGCGUCUUUUCCAUUGCUACAAAUCUCCAUUGUUGGCUUAAAAUUCUGCGAAUUUGGCGACUAGAAAAAGUUUGUGCUAAAAAAAUAACGCGACAAAAAAGCAAAAUAUGGAAAACCGCAAUAGCAAAAGAGUGACGAAGGAUCAAAAAUAUAUGCUCGUUCAAUAUUUGGAGGAUCAUAGAGAAUUUGCUCACGACCGAUUCGUCAAUGGCACCGGGAGCAAAAGUUUAGCUGAGCAGUGGAACCACCUCGCCGAAAAAUUAAAUGCUUACGGAGGAUCCAUGAAAGAUGGUGAAGGAUGGAAGAGAGCGCGGGUAAAUAUGAGGAGCAAGGCCAAACAAAAAUCCCAAGAUUUGAGAAAUGCUAUGGAGCGAAGCGGGGUAAAUUCAUCAAUUACCGAAAAGCAUCUCAGUAACCUCGACGAGAACAUCAUUGGCGUGAUGACCACAGUGGCAGUGGUCGGUCAAAGAGAAGUUAGCGAGCCACUGAGAAGUUCCGGCGCAGUAACUAGCGUGGAAUUAUUUGACGCCUCUGUGGACCACUUUGAGAUAGAGUUUCUUGAAGGAGGCGAUGAGGAACCGCAAAUGGCACCGGAUGUGGUUCCUCAGGAUCCACUUCCACCACAACGUCGGGCUCCCAAACGCAAAAAUUACUCUUUAGAAGAGAGCAACGCCAAAAUGAUACAAUUAGAAGAACGCAGAGUCGUCUUGGCGGAAAGAAAAAUUGCGGCGCUGGAGAAAGGAAACUCUAUAGAAAAGAGAAAGGCCGACGUAUUGUCCAAUAUCUUAAAUAAAUUGGAUUUACUUCUACAAAGGUGAUUGUUCUCGGAGUGAUCGUAGAAAUAUAGAUAUUUGAGCUUUACGGUAUGUUGCCAAUGAAUUAUGAACGGUACUCAGACGUUUAUAUUUUGACGUUUAACUGAUUUUUUGAACUUCAAUAUUUCUUUUAUAAAAAUAUACCACAUCUAUCGUUGCUUUAAACUUUGUGCGAAAGUCGCGAAAAAUCAACAAAUUACGAAAGGCUGUGAUCAAAAUUUAAAAGCUUUUAUCAGAAUUAUUAGAAAAUAUUUACGUACGCAGAUAUAUAGCCUUCAAUUUCAGUUCCAUAAAAUGCAAGUUUGAAGUCGGUCGAAAUCCGCGUUUGAUUUUUCGAAUAUAUCUUUGGUUUAAGGUGUAAUGUACUUUCUUCAACAUAAAAAAAUGCCGACAUACUUUACCGCGAAAAAUUAACCGCGAAUUUUUACCGACUUCAAACUUGCAUUUUAUGGUACUAAAAUUUAAGGCUAUAUAAAUGCGUAGUAAAAAGUUUU